AUGAUUCCUUUGCUUGCUUCGGUGCCUUCUUGUUACAUUGGUGGGGCGGGAAUCAAUCAACAGGUUAAAGUGGUGGACGGCAAGGUUCCGGAGGAGGACUAUUCGUUUGCCAAGUACAACAAGCCACCUCAAGUGCUAAGGUAUACGGACGAGGAAUACAAGAGCCUGCUUUACCACCAUCGCUGGUCCCGGGAAGAAACAGACGCACUUAUUGCUAUCUGCGCCCGAUUCGGGCUGCGUUUCAUCGUCGUCGCUGACCGUUACAACACCGACGUGGAGCGUUACAAUGAGAGCAUUGACCGUUACAACUCGCAGUGCGACCAAAUCAGUGCCCCUAGUCUUGCUAGUGCACCAACAACUUCUCAAGGCGCUACUGGUGCUGCUGCUGCUGGUGGUGCUGCUGGUGCUGGUGAUGCUGGGAAGGGUGGUGAUGCUGCUGCUGGUGGUGCUGCUGCUGGUAGUGCUUGCAAGGAAGAGCCGUUUUCAGGGGCUGGGGCAAUCAAAGACGAGCCUAGGGAAACCACUGCUGGUGCAGGAGAUGCUAGAGCAAGGGCGGCAGGUGGGGCGGCAGGUGGGACGGCAGGAGGGGCGGCAGGAGGGGCGGCAGGAGGGGCUGCAAGAGGGGCGGCAGGGGUUGGAGCUUCUGUAACAAAGGCCGGGGAACCAAGGUCAAGUGCGGUGAAGAGGAAAGAAAGGACGGUGGAGGAGAUUAAAGAGCGGUACUAUGAUGUCACCAAGAAGCUCCUUGCUUCACGAGCAGCAGCAGGAGAGAAGGUGCCCAUGGGUCUACUGCCAAAGACGAAUUUUGAAGCGUUCAUGUUAAAGGGGGAGAGCAGCAGCAGGAGAGGAGGUGCCCAUGGGUCUACUGCCAAAGGGGGAGCAGCAGCAGGAGAGGAGGUGCCCAUGGGUCUACUGCCAAAGGAUGGUUACAACAUGCGUGCUGAGGUGGAGCGCAAGACCCUGCUGGCUGCACAGCUGGCGCUGACUAGGCGCCAGCUGGCAGAGGAGGAGAAGGUGCUGGCAGAAGCGGCGAGGGUUCCCAAGGCCCCCCAGGGUGGAGUGAGUGACGAGCAGCUGAACGAGCAGGAGGAGAGAAUUCUGUGUAGGGCCUCCAUUCCCCCAUCCCCCACCCUCUCCUCUCUAGCACCACCAGCAGUAGCAGUCACUCCUCUGCAAGACUCCCACGUGGCACCUCCAACUGUGCCCGCAUCAGCGUCCACGUCAGCAGCUGCCCAUGCUGACGUGGCGCCAGCUCAUGCACCUGAGCGAACACGUCAGCAUGCGGUGUCAGCAGGAGGGGGAGGGUCCCGGGGCGCCCUUGCUGCUCCGGUGUCAGCCCAGGCUGGCAAUGCGAGAGUGCCGCGUGUGUUCGUGAGAGGUCCCCGUCUGGCGUCCACCCUGCUCGCCUCCACCACCACAGCUGGCGCCCGAAUGGCCAAGCGCAUCGAAAACACGCUUCAAGAGCUGGGGGUGAGUGAGGUGGUGUAUAGGAGACAGAACAAUGGGAGGGGGGAAGAGGAUUAUGAUGAGGGCAGGGAACUGGCGUCCACCCUGCUCGCCUCCACCACCACUGCUGGCUCUAGAAUGGCCAAGCGCAUCGAAAACACGCUUCAAGUGCUGGGGUCAUUCCCCCGUCAUUCUCUCCAAGUUCAGGUGCUCUAUGUAUGCUAUGUGACUUUUGAGUCGACUCAAAAGUCACCAAGUUCAGGUGCUCUAUGUAUGCUGUGUUCAAACAGCCCUACUGCCUCCUACUCGUUCCGCCCCUCCUUCGCCCCUCCCUCGCCCCUCCCUCGCCCCUCCCUCGCCCCUCCCUCGCCCCUCCCUCGCCCCUCCCUCACCCCUCCUUCGCGCCUCAGUCUGCCCCGCCUACUCAUCACCCCUCCAUACACAGGUGCCCCUAGCACCCCGCGUGCCCACGCGGGAGGUGUGUGCGGAGUACGUGGCGCUGAGGAAAGAGGUGGUUGCGCUGCUGAACCUGCAGAAAAAGGUGGGAGAAAGAGUGAGGGUGGUGGGGGGGGAAGCGGGGGGGUGACGGCGGCUUUAUGCAUUGCGCUGAGCUGA